CACCAACUGAACUGAUCUUGUUUACAUUGCCCAUUUGGCGCAUUGUUAUCAUCCAGAGAUAUUUUUUUCCUUUUCUUUUUUUAUUUUAAAUAAAAUCUCACCAUUUCAAUUCACCGCUUCUGGCCCCCAUUUUGAACAACACAAGCCACUAUCUUAGCUACAAGCAGCCUGAGCCAUGGAUGACAAGAAGGAAAAUGAAGAGCGUGUGUAUGGAGGGUGUGAAGGGCCAGACGCCAUGUAUGUCAAGUUGAUAUCAAGCGAUGGACAUGCGUUUAUUGUAAAGCGAGAGUACGCAAUCAUGUCCAACACGAUCAAAGCUAUGUUAAGUGGACCCGGACAGUUUGCUGAGAACGAAACAAAUGAAAUCCAUUUCCGUGAAAUACCGUCCCAUGUCUUGCAGAAAGUUUGCAUGUACUUUACUUACAAAGUGCGAUACACCAACAGCUCAACAGAAAUACCCGAGUUCCCAAUCGCUCCACAGAUCGCUCUUGAACUCUUGAUGGCUGCCAACUUCCUUGAUUGUUAAAUCAAAUACCUUGUUUGGGGUUGCUCAUUUUGUCUCAUAUUGGUAAUCUAACGCCUUCAACGCCUUCUCUCUCAUGCAAGUAAUAGAAAUUUGAUUUUCUUCACCCCUCUCUCAGAGCGUGAGUAACCAAUACAUUGACAAAAAAUGGAACUUCUCAGAACAUGAAAUUUUGAGUCUGAAAUUUCAAGAGCUUUACUUCAGAAUAUUUACAAUGUUGAAUCAACAUCUAAGUUUUGUAAAAAAAAACAUGAGGAAUGUUAAAAUACACCUAACUAUUCUAGAGGUGUUCGGAAAUUUGCAAAAAAAAAAAGAAAUGCCAUCACCCCAAAUUUCAAGACCAUUCUUUGAAAUCAAGAAAAUUUUAGUCUUUAAAUCUCUUGAAUUUGAUGUUUUAAAAUUUUCAAACAAAAAAAGCAUUAUGUUUAAAAACUCCCUGGAGAAAAAAGAAAACUAUGAUUCAUCAAGAGUGUCAUUAUGUUUCAUAUUUAUUGUAAUUUGUAUGGCUACAAUGAGUAUUUCGUCAUUUUUCAGCUAACUUCUCCAUCUUCAUAGCUGAUAAAUCUCUGAAAAUUUAGCUAACAAUUUUAAAAGGUGCACUCUUUUUUUUCCAAAAAAUUUUCGUUUAAUUUCAUAAAAGAAUGAAACAGAUAAUUACGUGUUUAACUAUUUCCUGUAUUCACUCAGUCUACCCACUCCUCAAAUAAUUUACCUUUUAUUAAGAACUUUUUAGUUUGUAUUGCUUUCCUCGUUAGUGCCAACUUUAGUGCAUUUUCUGAGGCAUCCUCGGAGAAUUUUGGAGGAAGUUUUGGAGAAUGUCACUGCUGUGGUAAUCUCUUUUAAAAGCGACUUUUAUUUAAUUUUAGGGUGGUUGGUGGAUUUUUAAAAUGGUUGACAACCUGUCCACCCCAGGAAAAAUAAGGUUUACAAAUGGCUUAACAAUAAACACAACCCUUUUUUUCACUUUUUGAUCAACUGUAGAAUAGGUAGCUCAAAUUCGUUUACAAAAUUUUGAGAAAAUUUACAUUUAACCGGCAUUAUUUAUUCUUGACAGCAGUUCCAUUUUAUUCAGUCUCCAAUUUUUUUUUUCUUUUUUUGUUACUUUAAUCCCAUUGUGCAUUGCCCUCCACUUUAAAACUUUUGUUUGUCAAGGUAUUAUGUCAUAUUGACCUGUAAAGAUUUUCUCAUCCAGUAUUUUCCAAUGUGGUUUGAGCUAUGUGCUUAGUUUCUGAUCAAACACCACCUAAUAAUUUUUAAUUUCAGCCCUUGGUUUUUGUUUGUCAUGGGUCUGUUUUUUUACAAUUUCAAUCACAAAUUACAAUGAAAUGCCUGAAUCUAGUCUUAAGUAACUGCUUAUCAGUGCAUUAUUUGGGUGUUCUUCAGGUCUAAAAUUAUUCAUUUCAAAUCCUAUUGUUAAUCUUGUGAAGACCAAUUUCUUUCUUUCUUUCUUUUUUUUUAGAUUUCUGGCGUUUAUUUUCAGUCCCCUCCAUUUACAACUUUUCAUUUAUUUUUAUUGAUUACUAUAAUUAUUAUUUUUUCUUUUCUUUUUUUCAUUUUCUUUUAAAUUUUUUGCAAAUCCAUCAUGUAGACCAAGUAUUAGUUUUAAUUAAUUUUGUUAUUGUUUUUUUUUUCUCUUUUUUCUUCUCAAGUUGCAAGUAUCAUGUUAUGUGCUUAAGCACUAAUUAGGUAUCUUAAAAAUUUUCAUAGUUAGUUGUUAGCGUUUGUGGACUGCAUUAUGUGAAGAAGAGCCGCAUAUAAGCAGAGAUCUUAUACUCAAGGUUCUUUUUUGCUUAUUGCAGUCGCACCAAAAUCUUGAGCCUGCCUAAUCGCCAUCCUUGCUUCAAUUUCUUAGAAUUAAUAAUUUAUUUCCUUGAUUUUUAUAGAAACUCGUUUCAUUUAAUCUAGACUGUGACUAGACUUAAUGAAGUAAGCUAGUCCUCAAAAUAUUCCCUUCAAAAGAACGCCUUUUUCUCUGUGAACCUCUCCUUGUUUCACGAUGGGAAAAUGUCAUGAACAAAUAAAAUUUGUAUAAGAGGCGUCUUGAGUUGAACAACGAACUCGAUACGUAGACAUCAUAACUGCGAGUAAAAUUGAGUAAUGAAACUCCCAGUGAAUCGAUUUUCCAUGAACUGGGUGUUUUCAAAUCCGUCAGCCUUCAAAGAGUUAUUCUGGUCAGCUUUACAUUUUAUUUUAUUUUUUUUGAAGCGAACAUUUGUAUGUACUCCAAAAAUGUAUUUAUUUUGAUUUAAAAGUGAUUAAUUUAGUAGUUUAUUCAUAUUGCAGGGCAAGCUUUGCCUAGGAGUAUCUCUUCAAAUAUUCAUCGGAAACAGAAUUGUAAAAAUCUCACAGUUAUUUCCAGUAAUGUUCACCUUCCGAUUGGAGGUAUGAAUCGUUGUCAAAUCUGUAGUCAAGAGCUAAAGAAACGUAUGAGGCAAUUUUUGUAAAAUCGAGUCACUUGCAUUCUUGACAGACUUAUUAAGGGAUCCGGCAACGUUUGAAGUUUCAUAUGUCGUUUUUCUCGAGCAUGGUCAAAAUGGAGCUGUUGCAUGGGCAGAAAUUAAGGUUGCUAGGCUGUGCAAUAAAAUUUGGAUAUUUUGCAUAAGCUUAAUGAGGGGAAAGUGCUGAUACUGGCAACAAUGGUGGAAGUGAAAUAACGGUUCUUUAGCGCUCAGCUACAGAAAUAGUAUCAUUACAUUGGAGCUCAAAAUUUUUGAGGUGAAGCUGUGUAAUUUUACAAAUUUUAGUUCUGUGUAUAGAUGCAUGAAAAUAUUUUACAUAGCAUUUUGAAUCUUGCACGCUUGCAGAAGAACAUGAAGAUUGUCCAGCCUUGUACAUGCUUCUCUCAGCCUUUAGAUAUAACUUUGUUUUGAAUGUACUUUUGAUUUAUCAAUUUUUCCACCUUUAAUUUUGUCCUACAUGUUCCACCCUGUAAAGUAAAUGGAAAUAUUUCACUGUAGUUGAAGGUCCUAAUUCAAAACUCUAAUUUUCUUUGCGUAAGUGUAAAUUUAACCAUUGGUAUUUUUGCACAUCAAUAACCAUUCUUUUAGCGUCUGUACUCAGUAUGUUAAUCUUUGCUCUGACAAGUUUGCGAUUUUUCCCUGGAGUUUCAAGAUCUUUUAAUCUUGAUCUAUUAAUACUUCUCAAUUUAGAAGAGAAGUUUUACGUGGUGAAAACGCCGAGCUAUUACAUUUCCCAGUAAUUAACCCUUUGUUUUUGUAACAUCAGAAAUGAAUUGUAGAAUUUCUAAAACAUUUUUAAACUGUGUGAUCGACUCCUUUUUUCGUCUUUUUUACUCUAAUAACCAGUAAAAUUUCUCUGAGUGUACUGGAGACUCUUGAUAUGUAAGCAGAAAACUUUUUUUGUUAAGUAAUUAAGGAUGCAAAUUUUCUGGUAAAUGUAUCGAAAGAAAAUUGUUUUUUGUUUUGUAUGACCUUUACCUUCACUAUGUAUAAAUAUUUGUAAAAAAUCAGAAAGUACCAUAUGGAUCUAAUGAGCUACUUAAACUUUAAUCCUAGCGGUAAAUUAAAACUCAUAAUCAGACCUAAUAAGCAUGUACGCAAUAUCUCGAUCAGGUUGUAUCGAUUCUUGUGAUAAUGAGACCCUUACUGAAUGCUAUGAAGAUUUAAAACUACACAGGGUGUUUCUGAAGAAAGUAUCCACAUUGAAUAUCUUUUAAGCAACUUCUAUUAUUGAAAAGCGUCACAGCGCCCUUUUGAGGACUCAAAAGUGCAAGUGUAUGGAAAAGAGGCCUCCCUUAAAAAUAUCAAGUGUUUCGAUGAUCUUCAAAUUCGUUGAAAAGAUAUUCAAGGUGGAUACUUUCUCUUGAAACAUCCUCAAGAUGUGACUGUCCAGAUAAAGAUCGACAUCUUCUAAUGAUCAAUUUUUUUAUUUGUUCUAAUUUUUUGUUUGUGUGUGCUUUGCGUUGCAUUUUCAACGCGGGAUAGGUCUUUCUUAUCCGUAGCACUUUAAUAGUGUUUAAUGUAUUUCAUUUUUAUACUGCUGCAAAUCCACCACGGUAAUAUUGUCGACUCAGCUGAUGGUGAAAAAUUAAAGCACUCUCUUCUCGAAAUCGUCCGUAACUCUGCUCCAGUCGAACUGUAUCAGGAGGAGUUCAUUUUUAAUUUUCACCUCAAUGUCUAAUUUGCCGAUCAUCCAAAUUACCGCGGACCUAUUAUGCUCUCAGAUCCAUGGAGCCCGUAGAAAUUUGACUUUAUGAAGCAUUCAUGAAUCAAGUCCUAUUCGAAUCAUUUGUUAUUUUUAAAUACUAUCCCUGAGAUUUACAGGUUUAUGUCAUCAAAUCUCGGAGUAGUUGUCAACAUUGAUCGUAGCCUGGACUUUUGACCUUUGUGAAACUUAUGAAAUAAAAAUCAUGUAAUUUUUCAAAC